UGAAUAUUGCACUGCAAGUCCCGGGGAGCAGCUUUCGUAAGCAUGCGUAACUAACUAGCCUGCAGUUGUGGCUCUAAGAACUAGACGCGAUAGGUCAAAAACUAUCAGUUUUUUUACACUCACGCUAUCAAUAUUGGAUAUUGGAAAUGUCAAAAAGAAAUAUAUCCAAAAUGAGUUAUCGUCAGGUGUGUGACAGGACAGCAGCACUUGCUGCACAACUUAUGGAAUUAUGUCUAAGUUCGAAAAUUACCCCGUGUAAUGCGAUUGAGUCGUUGGAAGCGUUCCAUUCUCUCACAUCUGAAAUCAUGGCUAUUCAAGAAGAGUAUUCAUUCGUAUCCAAGUUGGAGUCUCGGGGCUCUAGGAAGGCAUGUUUGGAGGUUACUCUUUCUUCAGUUGGAGGCUAUGCAUCUGACAUGUGUGCCGUCCACUGGUUCAAAGAAUUCGGGUUUGGACUUCGUGCCUUGGUUCCCAUUGAGGAAGGUGAUCAACUUAUCACUGUGCCCAGAAGAGCUGUUUGCUGCUUAGAAAAUUCAAGUAAAAAUUUAAGGGAAUUCAUAUCACAGGAUUCUCUGGCAUCGAACAUGGAAAACGUCGCAUUGUGCCUAUGUUUGUUGGGUGAGCUUUACGAAGGAGAUAAUUCACCGUGGCAGGAUUAUAUAAGUAACGUGUUUCGCCAUAACCCCAUGUACAGAGUCGUUGCCGUCUGAUUAUUCCAUAUUUCUUUAUAUGAGUGUUGCCGAUAUUCGACAUCUGAAGGGCUCACCGACCUUAGAAAAGGUUGCAACCAACUACCUAUUCAUCUGUCGUCAGUAUGCCUACUUCUGCUGUCAAUUCAUGAAAAACCCGAAAAUUGUGAACGUUCCGAACUUUGUUUUCUGUUUCAAGGAUUACAG